AUGGAUUCCUCUACGUCCGAAUUUACCCUCCCACUUCACAAUAAGCUCGCCAUCGUCACGGGCGCAUCCCGCGGCAUCGGAGCCAGCAUCGCAUGGGAACUUGCACGUCGUGGCGCAAAUGUCUGUAUGACCUACGUCUCUCCCACCAGCGCCCAAGCCAUGACCGACCUCCGCACAAAAAUCACCCAACUUCCCCACGCUCCUAGAACAUGGACCAUCCAAGCCGACCUCUCCACACCCACCGGCGCCUCGGAUCUAAUUUCCCAACUCAAAACCCAAACCGCCCCCACUCCCCUCAAAAUCAACAUCCUAGUCAACAACGCUGGCAUCGAAAUCGUUAACCACCUUACCGAAACCACCAUAGAAAACUACGACAAAGUCUUCAACCUCAACGUCCGCGGUACCCUGCUCAUGACGCAGGCCGUGCUGCCGUAUCUCCCACCCGAGGGUCAUGGCCGGAUAAUCAACUUGAGUUCGGUUGGUGCGCGGUACGGUUUCAAGGGGAUAAGUCUGUAUAUUGCGUCCAAGGCGGCGAUUGAGGGAUUCACGCGCGCCUGGGCGGCGGAGUUGGGUGGAAAUGGGACAACGGUUAACGCUGUGGCGCCGGGGCCGGUGCCGAGUGACCUGCUGGAUAGGAUUCCGAAGGAGAUUGUGGAGGCGCAGAAGGCUACCACGCCGGUGGAGCAGAGGUUGGGGUCCGUGGGGGAAAUUGGUAGUGUGGUGGCUUGGUUGGCGGGGAGGGAUGCUUCGUGGGUUACUGGGCAGGUUAUUUGUGCGAGUGGGGGGUGGGCGAUGUAUUAA